AUGAGGGCUGUCUUAGAUCCUGCAUUUUCACAAUUCUUGCUCGCAGUUGGGGAAGGUUCAAAACCUGUUGAUGCAGAUAACCAGAUUUGCUUGCCAAGUCAUAUGGUUAUACCAUUCCACAACAUGAAAGAGUCUUUUGACAGGUUGGUAGCUUACACAUUUCCAGAUUUGAACCUCUAUUCAUCUGAUCCUUAUGAAAUGAUCAGUACAUGUAUUUUAACCCCAAAAAACACCUCUGUGGAAGACAUCAAUGAUGUGAUGAUUCAGAGAUUUCUUGGACAACUUUUUACUUAUACAAGCUCUGUCCAAACUGUUGAUCAGAGAUUUCAGGCAGAUUAUGAGGAUUUUUUAAAUUCUCAAAAUCCAAAGGGUCUUCCUCCACACAAACUCAUGCUGAAAGAAAGCUGUCCCUUAAUCUUGCUCAGGAAUCUAAAUCCAGCUGAAGGAUUGUGCAAUGGCACGAGACUUAUUUGUCGACAGCUAAAACAGCACACUAUCUGUGCUGAGAUUGCUUUUGGUCAGUAUAAAGAGAAACAGAUUUUCAUUCCCAGAAUUCCAUUGCAGACACCUGAUAAUGAAAAAAAUGGCAUUCCAUUCAUCAGAACACAAUUUCCAGUUUGCCUUUGUUUUGCAAUGACAAUUAACAAGGCUCAAGGCCAAACUCUUGACUAUGUUGGUGUAUAUCUAAAGGAACCCGUAUUUUCUCAUGGCCAAUUAUACAUUGCACUCUCUAGAGCAAAAACUGCUGAUGUCGUUAAAGUUCUCAUACUUCCAGGGAAUUUUGCUGAAGUAAACUGA